AUGGUCAUUCGAUGCAGCUUAGUUAUUUGUUUUAAAAAGUAUUUGUUUGGAAUCCAAUAAAGAACUCAAGCCAUGGAGGACUUGGUGAAGAUGUGCCGUGUAUGCAUGGGCGAGUCGGAGGACAUGUUGGACAUCUACGACAACAAGAGCUUGGGGGACAAGCUGAGCGCCGAUCUAAAGAAAACCAAGGAGCCGGAGCCCACGCCGGCUGAUCUGCUGAAGAACUGCAGUGCAUAUCCAGUGGCAUCCGGGGAUGGCUUUCCCCUGAAGGUGUGCGAGCCGUGCCUGCUAAAAUUACGGGAGGCCAUGAGAUUCAAGAGGCGCUACACAAGGACCAUGGAAUACGUAGCGCGCGUAAAGAAGGAGAAAAUCGACCAGGAGACCUGCGAUCUCCUGGAGGCCGAGGAUUGGGAACUCGUAGAGCGCAUCAAAAGCGAAGACGAGGAGGAGAACGAGGACGAUCUGCAGACGAAAACGAAGAAACGCAAUGAGGUGGAUAAAAAGCGGCCCUUCAAGUGCCCAGACUGCCAGAAAAACUUCACCGGCAAGGCCCAGUUGACCAUGCACAGUCGCACCCACAGCAAGGCAUCCACUAGGCCCAAACGAAGAACUCUUAAAUAGUCUUAUUGAUCUCAGCC